AGUAACUGGGAGGGUGUUUGUGUAAGGUUAGGUUCUAUUCCACUCUGGUGUGAGGAUAAGAAUUGAUUGAGUGGGGCGUGAGAUUCUUGCUGCUUCACAGUAAUCCACUACCAUUGUGGUGGAUGCCCAACUCAAGCUUCUCGUUUCACUGUUCAACAAUUCCAAAUUUCCAAUCUAGGUUUAUUUUUCAGAGUCAACAUUUUCAAUGGUUUCUGGGACCUCUAUGAACGUGAACAUGACCAUGACCAUGACCAUGUCACUGCCUAAUUCCAAGAGAAUUACUGUAACUCCAAAGGAUUCUCUUUCGCUGAAGCCCAACCCUUUAUCUUCUCUUAGUUCAUUCCAUUCCUUCAGUUUCCAGAGCUGUAGCAGUAAGAUUAAUCUUCCUGUCAAGAUUAGAAUUCAACCAGAGAAAUUUUGUCUGCAUGGCUUCACAAUCAAGAACGAAGUGCCCCAAAAUGCUGAUUUUCCUCGGCAUUAUUCGAGAAAAGAGAAGAAGCCUUUUCCAGUUCCCAUUGUAGAACUGCGACGAGCAGCGAGGGAGAGGAUGAAGAAGAUGAAAGAUGAGCCAAGAAGAGCAAUGUCGGCACCCAAGAACGGGUUGCUGGUGAAGUGCCUUAUACCGACUGCAUAUAAUGUGUAUAAUGCUAGGAUAACUUUGAUUAACAAUCUGAAGAAGCUGCUCAAAGUAGUGCCUGUGCAUGCUUGUGGGUGGUGCAGUGAAAUCCAUGUUGGACCUGUUGGACAUCCAUUUAAAUCAUGUAAAGGUUCGAGGGCCAAUACCCGCAAGGGCCUCCAUGAAUGGACAAAUGCACAUGUUGAAGAUAUAUUAAUACCAAUUGAAGCCUAUCACCUCUUUGAUCGUCUUGGAAAGCGGAUUACUCACGACGAGAGAUUCUCUAUCCCUCGGAUUCCAGCAGUGGUCGAGCUCUGCAUCCAAGCUGGUGUUGAAAUUCCUGAGUUUCGCACGAAAAGGAGAAGAAAGCCUAUUAUUCGCAUUGGGAGGAAGGAAUUCAUUGAUGCCGAUGAAAGUGAACUACCAGAUGAAAUCCCAGCAGGCCCUUUAAAACCAUUACUAGUUGAAAUACCUGAUUCAGAAAUAGUUGCUCCAUUGGACAAUGAAGUUGUCCCCCUUGCUGAGGAAACACUCCAAGCAUGGGAACGAAUGAGGAAAGGUGCAAAGAGACUAAUGAGGAUGUACAAUGUGAGGGUCUGUGGAUAUUGCCCUGAAAUUCAUGUGGGUCCCAAGGGGCACAAAGCUCAAAACUGUGGCGCCCAUAAACACCAACAACGCAAUGGGCAGCAUGGUUGGCAGUCUGCAGUUCUGGAUGACUUGAUCCCACCAAGAUUUGUGUGGCAUGUUCCUGAUGUAAAUGGACCACCCCUGGAGCGAGAGCUUAGGAAUUUUUAUGGGCAGGCACCUGCAGUAGUGGAAAUGUGCAUUCAGGCUGGUGCUGCAUUACCAGAACAAUAUAAAUCGACCAUGCGGCUGGAUGUGGGGAUCCCAUCAACUUUAAGUGAAGCUGACAUGGUAGUUUGAGAUGAAAUGCUCUCAUGGAAAAACCCCAAGUUUGAUUACGGUGUAAAUUGAAUGGUAUUUAAGAUGUCAUACUGAAUGCCAUGAUAAUUCUGGCUGGGGUAUUGCUAUUUUUGGCAGUUAGACAAACUUUAUGUCAUUUUCUAUCAUCUGUAUACGCGCAUAAAAUAUAUAAAAUUAUUAGUGCAAUGUUUUUCCGUCUCAGCUCUUGGAGGGGGAAAAUGGAUUGGGUGACCCUUAGUUGGAAAAGUUUUCUGAUAUUAAUUGUUGAUGCCAGGAAUAACCUCUAUAAACAGCGAAUAUACAAGUAUUUUGAUAAUAUAAUGUAGCAAAAGAAAAAAUC